AUGCUCCAUGCUCCUGUCGUCGAUCAGGCUGCUGCCGCCGCUGUUUUCGCCCCCAACCUUGGGGAUAUCCAGAGCGUAAGGCAACUUGUGGAAACCGGAGAGGUCAACGUCAACCAGAAAGGCGCGCAGGACCGAACUGCCCUGCACAGGGCCGCGGGCGCGAAUCAUGUGGGUAUCAUACUUUACCUCCUGCAAGCAGGAGCUCCCGUAGACACCGCGGACAGAUGCCUUCGAACGCCGUUGCACUGGGCGGCCAUCAGCGGUCACCUUGACGCUACUCAGCUGCUUUUGGAAAGGGGGGGCGAUCUACGAAGCAAGACCGUUAGCGGCAUGAAUCCUCUCAUGUGCGCUGUGCAGCAACGAUGGCAUUCGGUGGCGGAAGCAAUCCUCGAGUGGUCGGAAGGCUGCACCGAGGACGAGGAGGGAGUGGACGGACCGGUCCCUUCCCCCGCUGAGUUGUGCUCGGCUACGGAUGCGGAGGGGAAGACGGCGGUGGUGUUCGCGAAAGAACUUGGCGAUGUCCCGAUGCAAAAAUUGCUCAAGAGCUACAUGCCGAAACAGCCCUCGGCCUGGUGUUGCGGCGGUGGUGCCGUGCAGCAGCAGCUCUCAGCCGUAGCGGUGCCACCGACAGCAGAAGAGCCUACCAUGGCGCCGGGACACAGUCGCCAAUCAGGCGACGACCGUGUUGCUGCUGCUGCUCCGGUGUCGAACGACGUGGGCAGCGGCAAGGCGGUCGAUGGCAGUGUUGGAGGCGGCGGCAGCAGCGGCGGGUGGUUUCGGCGAGUUUGCCGUUUCAUGAGGUGUGGCAGAGCGCGGAAUGGCAGGACAAGCGGGACAGCCACGCCGGGAGCGACGGCACGCAGCGCAGAGUCCUCGGGCUCUGAGACAGCAGCAGCAGCAGAAGCAGCAGCAGGGGACGGUGCUGCCGGAAUGAAGGCCGAUGAAUCUCGCGGUGGCAGCGUUGCCGCUGCAGGGGGCAGCGGCGGCAGCGGCGGCAGCGGCGCACGGAGCAUCGCAGCCUCUGGCAGCGCGAGCUCCGCCAACAACGUGGGCACCAACCUCCCUCGCUCUGCCUCGGGAAACGGUGUACACGCGCACCACCGAGGGGGGGGGGGCAAUGACGGGACCCUGGCGAUGAACAGCCCCGCUUCCGACAGUGUUAAGGGCCUCUCGUCGUCGUCGUCGUCCAUGCCCGGACCGCAGCAGACCGCGCUGCGGUCGGUUGAAUACGCGCCCAUGCGGACCGAGCCGGCGAGCAUAACGGUGCCGAUGGCCGACGAGGGCAUGGGGCGCGGGAGCGGGGAAUGGGCGAGGAAGUUGUCUUCUGGCGGCAGGAAGCAUCGAGAGCGGCACGAUAGAGAAGGGCCGGGGGGUGGCUCGGGGAGGGUGAUGGGCGCGCUGCGGUCGCGUAGCAGGCCGAGGAGCGGCGUGGGUAAUGGAGAGUCGGGAAAGACUCGGAGCAAGGAUGAAAGAGCAGGUCAGGUCGGGUUCAUGUAGAGAUACGCGGUUGACGUGCUUGACCAUGACUUUGUUCUGCAUGCAAUAGUACCCCCGACGCAUGCGAGACUGCUGUUUCAUGUGUUUACAUGUGUGGGCUGACGACCUGCACCCCACGUCGUGCGCGCUGAACAUUUGUUGCUUGCGCGCGCAGGCGGCGGCGAUGGUAGACUUGGGGGUGUAUCGAGUCGCGGUUGAGGGCUGCGGUGGCGAGAGCAGUGGCAGCAGCAGCAGCAGCAGCAGCAGCAGCAGCGGGUGGUGCGAUAAACGCCACGAGGCCGGAGGGGGUCGCUGUUGAUAAAGAGUCGCCGUCACCGUCCAUGCCCUUUGCCGGUAGCAAUGCACCUGGCGGUGUCGGUGCCAUUUGCUCUUGUAAGGCCUUUCGGUGGUGCCAUUUCGAUGUUGCUGUGGCUGUUGACGAUCGUCUUUGCUGGCGAGGUUGUUUGCCUGUAGCACAAACUGUCGAUGUCAUCUUGUUGUAACUUAGAAACUAACCACACUACACGGGGCAGAGCGGAGGGGCCGCUAUGGCCCACCUUCAUGGGGGGGAUUCAUUCGCAUGUGCCGUUUACUCCCUUCGCUCGCCUGUCUCUGUUGAUAUGUUGAUGUUCUUGUCCGUCGGUUGUCGAUGCUGUAGGUGUUAAUAUUGUGAUGACAGCCCGCGCGCUAGUAGAAGUCUCGUCUCAUUACUCUCUCUCUGCUCGUGUCCUCUUCCCGGAGGAAGUGCGGUUUGGUGCUACUUAUGGGCGUGCUCACGAAACGCGAGCACCACGUCCGUGCCCACGUGCUGCCGGCAAGCUUGACUGCCUACCGCGCCCUUGAAGCGUGGGCGGCCUUCGCUGAUAAAGCGCUGUUCGAGGGCGAGAGGGGUUGUGGGGCACUACGUUAUAAUUCCCACAAAAGUGUUGCUGUAGCAUACGGACGGGUUGAUGUCUCACCGCGGUGCCUGUGCGGCGAUGACGAGCACUGCUAUUGCGUUAUAAGGGGUAGACUAGAAAGAAUGUUGACUUGACCGGGUUCCUCCCCUGCACAAGGGCUAGAUGGAGCCUGCCUCUGUAGCAAGUUCGUAGGGCCGUCCGUGCCCCUGCGAGCUGUGCGUCUCUAUCUGUGCCCCUUUGACAUGCCCCCAUAUUCGAAGGGACUACAUGUGUUUUAUUACCGAGUUUUGAUUGAUUCUCCACACGGUUUUUCGCGUGUGGAUCUUUUGGGGGAUGGGGGUAAUGAGUUUUAAUCAUGCGGAGCUAGGUAGAGUAGUGGGUAGCAGCUCUCGCAUGCACGGCGCGCGCGCAAGGGCAUCAGGCGGUCGCCAGACCCGUACAUGCCAACGUGAACGCGGCGUGUCGUUGGUAGUGUACUAUGUGGUUGCCUGCAGUAGGUUUAGUGUUGAACGGUGGGUAGAGGGGGGUCGGGGGGUCGGUCUGGGUCGUAGUGUUUUUGCUGUCGUAAAAUGGAUCAAUCCUGAAUUAAUUGACUGCCGUUGAGGCCGUUGCUCUUGGCGGAGGGACCCUUGCUUGUGUUCCUGUGGCGAGAAAGCGCAUUGAGUUUUAUUGUACAGGAGGAAUAUCUCCUCGUGCAUCCCCCACACAGCAGUCUGUCUCUCUUUUAAUUGUCGAGUGUUUGCGAAUGAUCGUUGGGUUUAAUGUUUCUCAACUAUUGAGUGCGUGUCUCGUUUUUCAGUCCCGUCAUCACAGCACGCGUAGGAGACAAAGGGUAAGGCACGUUUGUUACUUGUAGCAUGUUGUUGUGUCCAACUUUAGCCUGGUACUACAUUUUUUUUGUCGACAGAUAAACGCGUUUUUUUUUUGCAUUUGCUGUGUCCAACUUUUAGCCUGGUAAAGUUUUUUUUCUUUUCUGUGUCGUGGAGACAUGUGUAGUCACAUUGGUUCAACCAGCAGGAUUCCACUAAUUGCGUUGGGCGGAGAGGAAGGCAGCGCGUGCUACGCUUUAUUGUUUCAAGUGGCCGCGAAUCUUGUGUUGUUUAUACUGGUCAUAAUAUAGGGUAUCCCACGACCAUUGCUCCUAUCUGCCUGGCAUGCAUAUGUACGGUCGUGCGCGGGGCAGACUCGCGCACAUGUGGAAAUUGGGUUGGUCUCGUCAUCUUGUUGAAGGAGGGUCUUCAAGCUUGCUCUGGUGGGCUGACAGUCGGCGUAGCUUCGGUAUGAUGGAAUGGUUAUCCGCGAACCCCGUUGUAGAGCUAGCUUAUGUGCAGUUAGUCUAGAGGUUUGUGACUGAUCGAGAGCAAUAACGGAGACAUACACGUAUGCGGCUGGCCGAAUACCAAACACGGAUGCAUGUGUGUGCUGAUUGGAUUACCUUUUCGCGGUGAUGUUUUUAGUCUCAGGUUGCCCUUGGAAAUGAAGGAAGGUUGCCCUUGGAAAUGCAGGAUGGUCACCCCUUCCCGCGCACCUUUUCAGAUCUGUUUGUGUUCCUGUCGCUUCAAGCCGUUUGGGUAUGUGUGACAUCCGCAUCCCGCGCGCUUCUUAUCGGCAUGAGUGCGGUACACCACACUCGCACGUGUUGCGAGCAAUGGCACCACACAAGAUGUUAGUGAGCAGCCCGUACGUGAACGGUUGUUCUGUGUUGCACUGCCUAGCAUAGCGUUCGAGGACGUCUACACCGCAGCGUUGUGUACAAUAUUCGGUUAGUAAAGAGUUUGAGCGUCUUCCUAGAAUCGCCGUUCGAGAAAGUUUCUUGAUCGGGUACCUUUCUCAACUUGAUGUGCUCAUAGCAUGUAGCACUAUAA